UUUGAGAUGGAGGAUGAUGAUCUGCUUGAGAUGGAGGAUGAUGAACUGUUUGAGAUGGAGGCUGAUGAUCUGCUUGAGAUGGAGGAUGAUGAUCUGUCUGAGAUGGAGGAUGAUGAUCUGUCUGAGAUGGAGGAUGAUGAUCUGUCUGAGAUGGGGGCUGAUGAACUGUUUAGAUGGAGGCUGAUGAACUGUUUGAGAUGGAGGCUGAUGAACUGUCUGAGAUGGAGGAUGAUGAUCUGUCUGAGAUGGAGGUUGAUGAUCUGUUUGAGAUGGGGGCUGAUGAACUGUUUAGAUGGAGGCUGAUGAACUGUCUGAGAUGGAGGAUGAUGAACUGUCUGAGAUGGAGGAUGAUGAUCUGUCUGAGAUGGAGGAUGAUGAUCUGUCUGAGAUGGAGGAUGAUGAACUGUUUGAGAUGGAGGAUGAUGAUCUGUCUGAGAUGGAGGAUGAUGAUCUGUCUGAGAUGGAGGAUGAUGAACUGUUUGAGAUGAAGGCUGAUGAACUGUUUGAGAUGGAGGAUGAUGAUCUGUCUGAGAUGGAGAAUGAUGAUCCGUUUGAGAUGGAGGAUGAUGAUCUGUCUGAGAUGGAGGAUGAUGAUCUGUCUGAGAUGGAGGAUGAUGAUCUGUUUGAGAUGGAGGAUGAUGAUCUGUUUGAGAUGGGGGCUGAUGAACUGUUUAGAUGGAGGCUGAUGAACUGUCUGAGAUGGAGGAUGAUGAUCUGUCUGAGAUGGAGGAUGAUGAUCUGUCUGAGAUGGAGGAUGAUGAUCUGUCUGAGAUGGAGGUUGAUGAUCUGUUUGAGAUGGGGCUGAUGAACUGUUUAGAUGGAGGCUGAUGAACUGUUUGAGAUGGAGGAUGAUGAACUGUUUGAGAUGGAGGAUGAUGAUCUGUUUGAGAUGGAGGUUGAUGAUCUGUCUGAGAUGGGGGCUGAUGAACUGUUUAGAUGGAGGAUGAUGAACUGUUUGAGAUGGAGGCUGAUGAACUGUCUGAGAUGGAUGAUGAUGAUCUGUCUGAGAUGGAGGAUGAUGAUCUGUUUGAGAUGGAGGAUGAUGAUCUGUUUGAGAUGGAGGCUGAUGAUCUGUUUGAGAUGGAGGAUGAUGAUCUGUCUGAGAUGGAGGAUGAUGAACUGUCUGAGAUGGAGGAUGAUGAUCUGUUUGAGAUGGAGGAUGAUGAUCUGUUUGAGAUGGAGGAUGAUGAUGUGUUUGAGAUGGAGGAUGAUGAACUGUUUGAGAUGGAGGAUGAUGAUCUGUCUGAGAUGGAGGAUGAUGAUCUGUUUGAGAUGGAGGAUGAUGAUCUGUCUGAGAUGGAGGAUGAUGAACUCAUGAAUGCAGAGUUUACUGAAUGUUUUAAUCUCCCUCCUGCU